GAGGAGAUCCAAUGCUCCAUGGCCAGUCACCUCCAGUCCCUGGUGAAAUCAGAGAAGAACCGCCAGGUCAUGUGUGAGGCGGGAAUGCUCAGGACCCUCAUGACCUCCUGUGGCUGGGCCCUCAGCACCAGCAGCAGCCCCUUGCACUCACACCUCAUCAGGAUUUUUGAAAAGCUUGCUUCCCAAGCCAUCGAACCGGAUGUGUUAAGACAAUUUCUAGGUCUUGGAAUUCCCCCACCUCUGUCUGCUACAAAGAAAACCCUUGAUUCUUCUCAAUGGCAUGGAGGCCCCCCUGGACACUCAGGGUUACAGGCAGCAGAUCUGGGCAUGGUUGAGGGACCUGCAGAAGCCAGUCCAAAUUCUGGAGUGGCUCAGUCCCUCAGGUCCUCAGAGGCAUCCCAGGAUUCAACCACAGCCCUUCAAACYGCACUGAGCCUCAUCUCCAUGACCUCCCCACGCAACCUGCAGCCUCAGAGGGCUGCUCUAGCACCAUCAUUUGUGGAAUUUGACAUGUCUGUAGAAGGUUAUGGCUGUUUGUUUAUUCCAACCCUGUCUACAGUUAUGGGCAUCAACACCGAGUAUUCUGUCUCUGGAGGGAUUGGGACAGGUGCUGCCAGAUCAUUCCCUCCACCAGGGGGUCUGACCUUCUCCUGCUGGUUCCUGAUCAGUAGGCAGGCUGCUAUCACUGAGGGCCAYCCUCUGCGCUUCCUAACCUUGGUGCGCCACCUGGCCAGGACCGAGCAGCCCUUUGUCUGCUUCUCCGUCAGCCUCUGCCCAGAUGACCUAUCCUUGGUUGUGUCCACAGAAGAGAAAGAAUUCCAGCCCCUGGACAUCAUGGAACCCGAGGAUGAGUCUGAGCCCUCUGCAGGAUGCCAACUUCAGGUCAGAUGUGGCCAGCUGCUGGCUUGUGGUCAAUGGCAUCACCUGGCUGUGGUUGUCACCAAGGAAAUGAAAAGGAAUUGUAUUGUUUCCACCUAUCUAGAUGGACAGGUCAUUGGUUCAGCCAAGAUGUUGUACAUUCAGGCCUUACCAGGACCUUUCCUUUCAAUGGAUCCAUCUUCAUUUGUGGAUGUCUAUGGAUAUAUUGCAACCCCUCGGAUUUGGAAACAAAAAUCAUCAUUAAUCUGGCGUCUUGGUCCUUCAUAUCUUUUUGAAGAAGCCAUAUCACCAGAUACUCUGGAAGUUAUUAUCAAGCUUGGCCCAAGAUACUGUGGUAACUUCCAAGCUGUGCAUGAUCAAGGAGGAGACCCAGAGGGUCAAGCCACACCCCUUGUUGCAGAGGAAAAGAUUUCCUUUGGUCUUCAUGUAACCAGCUCCUCCAUCACCACUGUAGCAGACAUCAGAAAUGCCUACAAUGAGGUGGAUAGUCGCCUGAUUGCCAAAGAGAUGAAUAUUUCAUCCCGUGACAAUGCCAUGCCUGUGUUCUUGCUGAGAAAUUGUGCUGGACACCUCUCAGGUUCUCUUCGGACCCUUGGAGCUGUUGCUGUGGGCCAAUUAGGGGUGAGGGUGUUUCACUCCAGCCCUGCUGCCUGCAGCCUGGACUUCAUUGGCGGGCCCACCAUUCUAUUGGGCCUUAUCUCCUUAGCGAAGGAUGACCACACCAUGUAUGCAGCUGUGAAAGUCCUGCACUCAGUCCUGACCAGUAACGCCAUGUGUGAUCACCUGAUGCAGCACAUCUGUGGCUACCAGAUAAUGGCAUUUCUCCUGCGGAAGAAGACUUCUCUCCUAAACCAUCGAAUUUUUCAGUUGAUCCUCUCAGUUGCUGGUACAGCCGAGCUGGGCUUCAGGUCAUCUGCCAUCACCAACAUAGGUGUCUUCCAUCACAUUCUCUGCAAUUUUGAGCUCUGGAUGAAUACUGCAGACAACUUGGAACUUGCCCUCUUUUCUCAUCUUGUGGAAAUUCUUCAAUCACCAAGGGAAGGACCCAGGAAUGCUGAAGUUGCUCACCAGGCACAGCUUAUACCUCAGCUUGUCUUCCUGUUCAAUGAGCCUCGCCUUGCCCCUUCCAAGAUCCCCACCAUCAUUGCCAUUCUGGACUGUCAGCUGAAGAGCCACUUCAGCAUCUGCGAUGUGCUCAGGAUUGGACUGUUUAUCGUGUACACCCUCAAGCCUUCAUCAGUGAACGAGAGGCAGAUCUGCGUGGAUGGAGCCCAGGAACUUUCCAUGCCUGCUGGAAGCCAAACAUCUGGAAAGACAAUCUGGCUCCGAAACCAGUUGCUGGAGAUGCUGCUCAGUGUAAUAUCUUCCCCCCAACUUCAUCUGUCCUCUGAGUCAAAAGAAGAGAUGUUUCUGAACCUGGGACCCGACUGGUUCCUGCUGCUCCUGCAGGGCCACCUGCAUGCCAGUACUACUGUGCUGGCAUUGAAGCUGCUGCUACACUUUUUGUCAAACCCCUCCCUCUGUGGGCGAUUCAAAGAUGGCCUUCCUGUAGGAUCCUGGGUGGAACGAAGCACCGAGGGCAUGAACAUUGUGAUGGACAACCUGAAGAGCCAUCCUUCUGUACCUGACCAGAGCCCCCGUCUGCUUCCUGGGUUCCGUGUCUUGACUGCCUUUCUGGCCCUGCAUGUUCAUAUUCCUGAAGUCUACCUCAUUGUGUCCACCUUCUUCCUACAGACGUCACUUACAGAGCUGAUGGACUGUCCAAAAGACAGCCUAGAUGCCAUGCUUCAUUGGCUCCUGCAGAAUCACCACCAGCAAGAAGUCCUCCGGGAUGGACUGUGCACAGAAGGGGCCCUGCUGCUCCUAGAAAUGCUGAAAGCCACCAUGAGUCAGCCCUUGACAGGUUCUGAAGAUAGCACCUGGGAACAGACAUUCCCAGUCACCGUGCUGCACUUCCUCAGCCUGGUACACCGCACCUACUCCCAGGACCCUGCGUGGCGGGCCCCAGAGUUUCUCCAGACCUUGGCCAUAGUCACCUUCCCCUUGGGAACCCAGAAGGGGCCUGCGGCUGAGUCCACCCGGAACACCAGCAGUCCUGGGACUGUCUCUGAAGGUGACAGCCCCAAGGAAGGUCUCCAGGCUCCUGUCAAGCCACACCCUGCCCGGAGRCAGCUGAGAGACUUCACUCAGAUCCUCUUGAGGGAGCUCCUGCUUGGAACCCCCAGCCCCAAGCAGUGGCUGCCACUGGAGGUGCUUCUGGAGGCUUGUCCAGACAAUGCCACCAGCCAACAGAAGCGUGACUUCCAGUCUGAGGUCCUUCUUUCUACCAUGGAAAUAUUCCACAUCAUGAGUGGAGGCAACAUGGCACUCAGAGGCAGUAAAGAGCCUCAGCCAAACAUAGAAGCUGCUGCCGCUCCUUCCCUAUCAAACAUCUCCUACUUCACCCAGAAGCUGGUGGAGAAGCUGUGUGGUGGGAUCUUCUCAGCAGACCCCAGACAUAUUCUUCUCUUCAUCACAGAGCACAUCAUGGUGGUCAUCGAGAAUACCUCUUCUCAAAGAGAGACUGUCAUCAGUGCUUUAUACAGCAGUUUGAACAAAGUCAUUCUAUAUUGCCUCUCCAAGCCCCAGCAGUCUCUGUCUGAGUGCCUCAGCCUUCUCAGCAUCCUGGGCUUUCUACAGGAGCACUGGGACAUUAUCUUUGCCACCUAUAAUUCCAACGUCAGCUUCCUCCUGUGUCUCAUGCAUUGCCUUUUGCUGCUCAAUGAAAGAAGUUAUCCAGAAGGAUUUGGAUUGGAACCCAAGCCUAGAAUGACUCCUUAUCAUCAAGUCUUUCUAUCCCCAAAUGACGAAGUAAAGGAAAAAACAGAGGAAGACUUCCCAAGUUUGAGUGAUGUCCAGCACAAUAUCCAGAAGACAGURCAGACUCUCUGGCAGCAACUCGUGGCUCAGAGGCGGCAGGCACUGGAGGACACCUUCAAGAUCGAUCUCUCUGUGAAACCUGGAGAGAGUGAAGUGAAGAUUGAAGAGGUCACCCCACUCUGGGAGGAAACGAUGCUCAAAUCCUGGCAGCAUUACCUAGCGUCUGAGAAGAAGUCACUGGCCAGUCGUUCGAGUGUCACACACCAAAGCAAAGUCGCUUCAUGGAGUGAGAGCCUGUCCUCAGCCAUGAGGCUGAUGCCUGGGCGGCAGGCCAGGGACCCUGAGUGCAAGGCCGAGGAUUUUGUUUCAUGUAUAGAGAACUACAGAAGAAAAGGACAGGAGCUAUAUGCAUCUUUAUACAAAGACCAUGUACAGAGGCGGAGAUGUUGCAACAUCAAGGCAGCCAAUGCCUGGGCCAGGAUCCGGGAGCAGCUUUUUGGGGAGCUGGGCCUGUGGGGCCAGAUGGCAGAAACCACGUUCUGCUCCAGGUGGGAACUGGACUGGAGAGAAGGACCGGCUCGCAUGAAGAAACGCAUCAGACGCUUGUCUCCGUGGGAGGUCCGGAGCCCAGAAAAGUGCAAGGAAGGCCAAGACAGAAAGGGUGAUAUUUCUCAAACCAAUGCUGAAAAACAAGGUGAGCUGACUCCAAAGGAAGCCGAGAGCGAGCCUGUUGAGGUGGCGGUAGACUGCACCCAGCUGACAUUCUUCCCUGCAUUGCAUGAAAGUUUGCACUCAGAAGAUUUCUUAGAAUUAUGUCGGGAAAGACAAGUUAUUUUACAAGAGCUUCUUGAUCAAGAAAAGGUGACCCAGAAGUUCUCCCUGGUGAUUGUGCAGGGCCACCUGGUCUCCGAAGGGGUCCUGCUCUUUGGGCAUCAGCACUUCUACCUCUGUGAGAACUUCACCCUGUCUCCCACAGGUGACGUCUAUUGCACCCGGCACUGCUUAUCCAACAUCAGCGAUUCCUUCAUUUUCAACAUGUGCAGCAAAGACAGAUCUUCUGACCAUUACUCAUGCCAGCGCCACAGCUAUUGGGACCUUAGGGAGCUCCGGCAGGCCCGCUUCCUCCUACAGGAUAUUGCCCUGGAACUCUUUUUUCAAAAUGGAUAUUCCAAGUUCCUUGUCUUCUACAACAGUGAUCGGAGUAGGGCCUUCAAAAGCUUUUGCUCUUUCCAGCCCAGCUUGAAGGGGAAAGGUGUCACAGAGGACCCCCUCAAUCUAAGGAAAUACCCCAGCUUCGACAAGACAAUGCUGCAGAGGUGGCAGAAAAGGGACAUCAGCAAUUUUGAGUACCUCAUGUACCUCAACACCCUGGCUGGGAGGACCUACAAUGACUACAUGCAGUAUCCAGUAUUUCCCUGGGUCCUUGCUGACUACACCUCAGAGGUGUUGAACUUGACAAAUCCCAAGACUUUCCGGGAUCUUUCAAAACCCAUGGGGGCUCAGACCAAGGAAAGAAAGCUGAAAUUUAUCCAGAGGUUUAAAGAAGUUGAAAAGACUGAAGGAGACAUGACCGUCCAGUGCCACUACUGCACUCACUACUCCUCAGCCAUCAUCGUCGCUUCCUACCUGGUCCGGAUGCCACCCUUCACCCAGGCUUUCUGCUCUCUGCAGGGUGGAAGCUUUGAUGUGGCAGAUAGAAUGUUCCACAGCGUGAAGAGUGCAUGGGAGUCUGCCUCCAGGGAGAACAUGAGUGACGUCAGGGAGCUGACUCCAGAGUUCUUCUAUCUUCCUGAGUUCUUAACCAACUGCAAUGCAGUGGAGUUUGGCUGCAUGCAGGACGGGACAACACUGGGGGACGUGCAACUUCCUCCCUGGGCAGAUGGGGACCCUCGGAAAUUCAUCAGCCUGCACAGACAGGCUCUGGAAAGCGACUUUGUCAGUGCCAACCUCCAUCAUUGGAUAGAUCUCAUUUUUGGAUACAAGCAGCAGGGACCAGCUGCAGUGGAGGCAAUUAAUACCUUCCACCCCUACUUCUAUGGAGACAGAGUGGACCUCAGCAGCAUCAGUGACCCUCUGAUCAAGAGCACCAUCCUGGGCUUUGUCAGCAACUUUGGACAGGUUCCCAAACAGCUCUUUAGUAAACCCCACCCAGCCAGGACCACCACGGGGAAGCUGUCACCUGGGAAGGAUGUCUCCACGCCUGCCAGCCUGCCUAGCCACUCGCAGUCCUUUCUCUACAGCCUACAGUCACUGAGGCCCUCCCAAGUCACAGUCAAAGAUAUGUACCUUUUCUCCCUAGGAUCAGAGUCCCCCAAAGGGGCCAUUGGCCACAUUGUCCCUACCGAGAAGACCAUCCUGGCUGUGGAGAAGAACAAGGUGCUGCUGCCUCCUCUCUGGAACAGGACCUUUAGCUGGGGCUUUGAUGACUUCAGCUGCUGUCUGGGGAACUAUGGMUCAGACAAGAUCCUGAUGACCUUCGAGAACCUGGCUGCCUGGGGCCGCUGUCUGUGUGCUAUAUGCCCAACCUCCACAAUGAUUGUCACCUCUGGGGCCAGUGCUGUGGUGUGUGUGUGGGAGCUCAGCAUGGUCAAAGGCCGCCCAAGAGGCCUGUGCCUCAGGCAGGCUUUAUAUGGACACUCYCAGGCUGUCACAUGCCUGGCAGCAUCUGUUGCCUUUAGCCUCCUGGUGAGCGGCUCCCAGGAUGCCACCUGCAUCUUGUGGGACCUGGACCUCCUCAGCUAUGUGGCUCGCCUGCCUCCCCACCAGGAGGGCAUCUCAGCCAUCGCUAUCAGUGACAUCUCGGGCACCAUUGUCUCCUGUGCUGGAGCCCACUUGUCUCUAUGGAAUGUCAAUGGACAGCCCCUGGCCAGCAUCACCACAGCCUGGGGUCCAGAAGGAGCCAUAAACUGCUGCUGCCUGAUGGAGGGGCCAGCAUGGGACACAAACUAUGUCAUCAUCACUGGGAGUCACGAUGGCAUAGUUCGGAUUUGGAAGACUGAGGAUGUGAAAAUGUCUGUUCCCAGGCAGACAGCGGCAGAGGAGACCUCAGUUCAGCCUCCAAGCCCCAGAGGCCACAAGUGGGAAAAGAACCUUGCCCUGAGUAGAGAGCUGGAUGUCAGCUUGGCUUUGACUGGGAAACCCAGCAAGACCAGCCCUGCAGUGACAGCUCUGGCUGUGUCUAGAAACCAGACCAAGCUCCUGGUUGGCGAUGAGAAGGGAAGAAUAUUCUGCUGGUCUGCAGAGGGGUAGGAGGAAAAAGGUGGCAGAGGCUCUGGCACAGUAGCCACGUGUCCCUGGGGGCAGCAGCGCCAGGCGGAAGGCAGCUGAUGUGGCACAGGGCGGUGGGCUCUGUACCCAAGGGGAGCUUCUAGGGCCUCAUGUGCUCAGGUUCUCAAAAAAGGACUCUCUGGCAACCAGUGUUCUACACCCCAACCAUUUCUCUGGUCCAUGGGACUUCUAUAAGAAGGAUAAGAACACACAUUCAUGCUAGAAACUGUGAGCUGUUAAUGACAAGCUGCACGUGAAAUUAUACAACUCACCUUAUCAAGGGCUUAUUGCACUGAAGAACAUGGGAUUGAU